UAGUGCUAAGCCAACGUCUUGUUUCGUUGGUGGUACUCAGUGCGAAGCACCACGAGAUGCUGGCACGUGGAUUUUCGCUGGCCCUUCCGUUGUUGCUGGUGUUUUCGCCGCUGGUGCUGUCGCACGUAGGCGCCCCGUGUUUCGUACCAGCAUCCUCAGCGGGUUUAUCAACUGCAACAACAAGGUCCAUGCGGCUAGCACCGCACACCACAUCUACUCCAGCAUGUCAACGCCUUCUGCUGCUUCUGGUGUCCCACCCGAGGCGUAGGAAUCUUUUGCCACACAUUCCCAGCACAUCAACUUUACGGGCAUCACUGCUUGGCGGUACCAUUGUCAGCACAUGCGGUGCAACCCCGCCAACGGCACCGGCAGCAUCUCCCCUCCUGCCCCGCGUCAGCAGCAGCAGCAGCAGCAGCAGCAGCAGCAGCAGCAGAAGACUACAGCACAUCGCAGCAUCCCCAACAGGCACUUCACCAACGAAUCCCAUCGCCGGAGGGCCCACUGGCGAACCGUCAACGCGUCCAGCCUUGCGGCGAGCAGUGGGUUCGAACAUGAAAACACCUCCUCGGACCAACAAGGAAGACGGUGACCUGAUCGGUACCGCACGUUCCCCCUUGCCUUCCCCGUCUUCCUCCUCAUCGGAGGACACCAUCUUCGCUUUGGCUACGGGAAAUGCGGGACCCGCGGGAGUCGCAGUCGUCCGCAUUUCCGGCCCACUGUCGGCGCAGGUUCUACAAGCUCUGACGUCUGCUACGACUCUAUCUUCGGCAACCGCGGCGGAAGCGUCCGCGGGACGCGACGCCGGUGUGGCGGCGGCGGCGGCGGCGCCAGCAGUGGUCAACGGGGGGGGAGCGGGGCGAAGGUUGCCACCGUUCCCUGCGGCGCGACGAGCAGUGGUGCGGCGGUUGUACGACCCGGCGACUGGGGACUUGCUCGACGAGGCUCUCGUGUUGUGGAUGCCAGGACCGCGCAGCUUCACCGGCGAGGACACGGUAGAGCUGCACACCCACGGCAGCCGCGCCGUCAUCAAUGGCGUCCUGGACGCUCUCGCAGCCAUGGGGGCGGCCUCGGGGUUGAGGAGGGUACGGCUGGCGGAGCGGGGGGAGUUCACCCAGAGGGCCUACGGCAACGGUCGCAUGGACCUGACGGGCGUGGAGGGGCUGGCCGACCUCGUCGCCGCAGACACGGCUGCACAAAGGAAGCAGGCUCUGAAGCAGAUGGGCGGCGCUUUGCGAGAUAUGUACGAGGAAUGGCGGCACCAGCUGAAAGGCUGUCUCGCCCACGCGGAGGCGGUGAUCGACUUCGGUGACGACGAGGAAGACGUGGGCGGCGACGCCGCCUUCUCGGCGAUGAUGCCGCGGGUCAGGGGGCUCGCGGCCGAGAUCGACAGGCACCUACGGGACGGAGGCAGGGGGGAGAUCGUCCGGUCGGGGGUGCGGGUGGCCAUCGUGGGGCCCCCCAAUGCGGGAAAGAGCUCCCUGCUCAACCUACUGGCAGCGCGGCCGGCGGCUAUCGUUAGCCCCGUGGCGGGGACGACCAGGGACGUCGUUGAGGUGCAGAUGGACAUCGCCGGGCUUCCGGUAACGCUCAGCGACACCGCGGGUCUACGAGAGGCAACCGACGACGAGAUCGAGCGGGAGGGGAUGCGCCGCGCCAGGAGCGCGGUGGACAACGCCCACCUGGCCAUCUUCGUGGUGGACGCUACCAACACGGACGGGGCCACCGCCCUCCUCGGGAAGCUGAGAGAGGAGGCCAAGGAGGCGGAGGCGGAGGCGGAGGCAGCGGUGACGGCUGCGCAAAGGGAUUAUGCCGCUGAAACGGAAGGGGUGUUCGGUGGCGGUUCGAGUGGCGGUGGCUCCGCCGCGCUAGACGACUUGAUCGUGGUCGCCAACAAGGCCGACCUUGCCCUGACACUUCUCGAAGGAGAGAGCGGAGAAGCAGAUCACCACGAGCGAGAGCUUACCUCCCUAGCAGCAGCGGCGGCAGCAGCAACAGCAGCAUCGGGUCCAGGAACAACAGCGGAGGCGGUGGGUUCGCGCGCCGGGGCCGCAGAGACGGAUGGGGUAGGAGCAGCAACGCGUGGGACGGAGGGGGACGAGGAGGGGACAAGUGGGAGUGGCGGGCGUGUGUGGAAGGUGUCGUGCAAGACGAAGGAAGGGCUGGACGGGUUUAUGGAGCACCUUGAGGCGGAGGUCCGGUCGAGGUUCCAGGGCGCUGCGGAUGAUGAGUCUCCGCUCAUCACCAGGCGUCGGCAUCGACAGCACGUGGAAGCGUGCCUGCUGGCGCUGCGCGCGGCUCAGCGGCCGCAGAUGCCGCUGGACCUGGCGGCGGAGGAACUUCGGAUCGCGAGCUCGGAACUCGGGCGCAUCACGGGGGCCGUCGGAGUGGAAGAGCUGCUGGACGUCAUCUUCAGAGACUUUUGCAUCGGGAAAUGAAAUGAGAUCGAGGAAAGAAGCGAUGCUGGUGAUGGUGAUUGGCGCAAAAGUCAGCUGCCGGAGAUAGUGAUGAUGGUGGUGGUGAUUGCCGUAAAAGUCAUCCACCGGAAACACUGAUGAAAGUCAUGGUGAUUGUCGCAAAGUCAAAUGCCGAAGGCAUGAAGCGAUGCUGGUGAUGGUGAUUGGCGCAA